AUGGACGAAAACCACCCACAACAAGUGAGAGACUCUCAAGCAACUUCCAACAAUGGUGCCAUUGCUAUAAAACGUGCCCGUACAGAACUGGCUGGCCCAACCGAUGCGCAGAUUCAGAGACGGAAAGAGGCCGAGAAGGAAUACGGACGGGGUCGCAAAAUCCAUGUGAAGGGUAUCCGGGAUAAGAAGCUACGGGGCAAUUUAAAAUCCCUCGAAUCGAAAUAUAAAGAUGCUACACUCCGAUUGAAAGAUUCUGAGAUCCUCCAUGAGAACACAUCCGGCUUUCUGGAACCCGAGACGUCGCUAGAGCGAACAUAUAAAGUGCGGCAAGACGAUAUCAUUCGUGAUGUACCAAUCGAGGCGGCAAAGAAGCGAUUUGACCUCAAACUGGAUGUUUUGGGACCAUAUGUUUGCGAUUAUACCAAAAAUGGAAGGGAUCUAUUACUUGGAGGUAGAAAAGGCCAUGUUGCAACGAUGGAUUGGCGAGAAGGAAAGCUGGGUUGCGAGUUGCAAUUAGGAGAAACGGUUCGAGAUGCGAAAUGGCUGCAUAAUAACCAAAUGUUUGCGGUUGCACAGAAGAAAUACGUCUACAUAUACGACCGGGCUGGAGUGGAGGUACAUUGUUUGAAGAAGCAUAUUGAGGUCACCAACAUGGAGUUUCUCCCUUACCAUUACCUCCUAGCAACAGUCGGCAAUCCAGGAUAUUUAAAGUAUCAAGACGUCUCUACUGGCCAAAUGGUCAUCGAGAUACCUACUAAGCUCGGUUCACCUACUUCCCUCACUCAAAACCCUCAAAAUGCCAUCCUCCACAUGGGUCACCAGAACGGUACCGUCACGCUCUGGUCACCCAAUUCUACCACACCUCUAGUGAAGCUGCUCGCACACCGUGGUCCAGUACGAUCGCUUGCAGUUGACCGAGAAGGCAGAUAUAUGGUUUCCACAGGCCAAGAUCUAAAGAUGUCGGUCUGGGAUAUCCGAAUGUUCAAAGAGGUUAACAGCUAUUUCACACGACAACCAGCAUCCUCAGUAGCGAUAUCAGACCGAGGACUCACAGCUGUCGGAUGGGGGACUUCGACGUCUAUAUGGCGCGGCCUGUUCACGAAGCAUGCAUUGGAGCAAGAGAAGAUCCAGAGCCCUUACAUGGCAUGGGGCGGUGAAGGCAAGAGGAUAGAACGGGUUAGGUGGUGUCCGUAUGAGGAUCUUUUGGGUGUCUCACAUGAUCAGGGCUUCUCUUCCAUCAUCGUCCCCGGCGCAGGAGAGCCCAAUUUCGACGCAUUGGAAGCCAAUCCGUACGAGAACACUAAGCAAAGACAGGAAGGCGAAGUCAAGUCUCUGUUAAACAAGUUACAACCAGAGAUGAUUUCCCUGAAUCCCGAAUAUAUCGCCAAUCUGGACACGCAAUCCGCAGAGCAGAAAAAGGCGGAGAAGGAUCUUGAUAAGAAACCAAACGCAGACCCGAUUGCCGAUAUCAAGAAUCGCGGGAGAGGAAAGAACUCUUCGCUACGGAAAUACCUGCGGAAGAAGGGAUCGAGGAAUAUCGUGGAUGAGAGACGGCUGAAAAUCGAGGAAUUGAGAAAGUCUCAGAAUACACGGGACACUAAAAAGCUCCAGGAAACAGAGGCAGAAUUGGGGCCCGCAUUAGGGCGGUUUGCCCGCAAGUAG